AUGCAAGACUCAUUGAAGUCGAGGGGUGAAGAUCCUCACCCAAGAAGAACUGAAGACGAUGAUGCUGAGUCGGAAGAGUCGGAGACUGAAGAGGUGGGGGUGGCGGAUACGUCUCCAGAGGAAGGGGAUGCUGCGACUCCUGUGGCGUCCACAUCCCAGAUCACCAAGCGCCCUAUCGACACGCGGACGGCUACCAUCAAGAUGGGACGCCACCUCCAGCAGCCGAACCUCACCGCGGAGAAGAAGCUCGCGACCAGGUUCUACCUCGCCGGCAAGGACCUAAAUGAGAGGCUCCCUCUCGACGCAUAA